AUCUCAUAGGAGAAUAAGCAACUGAACGUUUUCUCGGACCGUCGGGAACCAAAGCCUAUCAAGUGCUACAACAUGCGAGAAAUCCGAGAAGUGAUAUUCAAGCCAUUUGCAGACCCGUACGGGAUAGUUCUGGUGUUCAAUGGGCCCCACCGCAAAGAAAAGUUAUCGCUACGAUUCAAGGACGAGAAAGAGUGCAGAAAAUGGUUCGAUGACCUGGACAACGUGCGCGUGGCUCUCCGCAACUGGGAUAUUGCGAAGGGUGUGGGUGUUGUUAUUGCGGGGGCUUUGUUAGGUGCCGCCGCACGCCGACGUUAGGUGGUGGUGUAUAUUGGGUUUAGGGUUUAGGACCUUGAUGUACUUAUGCAUGAUGCCUUGGUUGGGUGAGACACGAGAAUGGUGUUCAUCUGAUUCGGUGACGUGUGUGCAUAUGAAUAAACGCAUUCAAUGCAAGUGUGAUAUAGCGAAGGGCGUCGCAUGGUGGACUAAGUGAGAACUAAGUCUAAGUGCGGAUUAGUGGUAGGACAGGUAGAUGUAUAUCUACGAUGGAUACGAGCUUUGGUCAAAUACGUAUACUUGUUUACACUCCAGAAAGGUCUUCAUCUGACCCGAGCAUUAGUCAAAUACGUAUACUUGGGUCACACACCAGAAAGGUGCUUAUUUGAUCCUGGGACAUGCGCAUGAAAACAAACGUGUAACGCAAUUGGGAUAUAGCACAGAGCGUAGGUAUUAUCGCGACGGCGUUAAAACGUAUUCAUAUAGGUACGUUAUUCAAAUACGUACACCUAGUUAUAUACCGGAAAGAUCUUCACCCCAUCUCGGACCAAGCAUAUAGUGAAUUAAAAACCAUAUAAUACCUUGU